UUCGCGCGGGAGCCGGGCGCCGGGGCGCCGGGGCCGCAGGUCGGUGGGAACGGAAGCGCCCGCGGGGCGGCGGGGACGCCGGGAUGGCGACUCCGAGUAGGAAGUCGUCGGCCCCAGGCACCGUGGCCUCCAAGAGAGCUCUCCCGAGGGAUCCCUCGUCGGAGGUCCCGAGCAAGAGGAAGAGCUCGGCCCCGCCGGCGCCGCCGCCGCCGCCGCCGCUGCCAUCGUCCAGGCCUUUCGUGGAGGGCUCUAUCGUCCGCAUCGUGAUGGAGAACUUCUUAACGUAUGAUAUCUGUGAAGUGUCUCCUGGACCCCACCUGAAUAUGAUUAUUGGAGCUAAUGGAACAGGGAAGUCUAGCAUCGUGUGUGCCAUUUGUCUUGGAUUAGCAGGCAAACCUGCUUUCAUGGGACGAGCAGAUAAGGUUGGCUUUUUUGUGAAGAGAGGAUGUUCCAAGGGAAUGGUUGAAAUUGAAUUAUUUAGAACUUCUGGAAACCUUAUAAUCACCCGCGAGAUUGAUGUGGCAAAAAAUCAGUCAUCUUGGUUCAUCAACAAAAAAUCUACAACCCAGAAAGUAGUAGAAGAGCAAGUUGCAGCCUUAAACAUUCAAGUGGGCAAUCUUUGCCAAUUUCUACCUCAGGAUAAAGUUGGAGAAUUUGCUAAACUGAGUAAAAUUGAACUCCUUGAAGCUACUGAGAAGUCUAUUGGUCCUCCAGAAAUGCACAGAUACCAUUGUGAACUCAAAAACUUCAGGGAGAAAGAAAAACAACUAGAGACCUCGUGCAAAGAGAAAACUGAAUAUCUAGAGAAAAUGAUUCAGAGAAAUGAAAGAUACAAACAAGAUGUGGAGAGGUUCUAUGAACGUAAGCGACAUUUAGAUUUGAUUGAGAUGCUUGAAGCUAAAAGGCCAUGGGUGGAAUAUGAAAACGUUCGUCAGGAGUAUGAAGAAGUAAAACUAGCUCGUGACCGAGUGAAGGAAGAGGUGAGGAAACUGAAGGAAGGGCAGAUCCCCAUGACACGUCGAAUUGAAGAAAUUGAGAGGCAGCGGCACACUUUGGAGGCUCGAAUCAAAGAGAAGGCAACAGAUAUUAAGGAGACCUCUCAAAAAUGUAAACAAAAGCAAGAUAUUAUAGAAAGGAAAGAUAAACAGAUUGAGGAACUUCAGCAGGCAUUAACGGUAAAACAGAAUGAAGAACACGACCGGCAAAGGAGGAUAAGUAACACUCGGAAGAUGAUAGAAGAUUUGCAGAAUGAACUGAAGACUACAGAAAACUGUGAGAAUCUUCAGCCCCAGAUCGAUGCCAUUACAAAUGAUUUGAGACGAGUUCAAGAUGAAAAGGCAUUAUGUGAAGGCGAGGUGAUUGAUAAGCGAGGAGAGAAGGAAAGCCUAGAGAAGGAGAGAAAGAGUGUAGGUGAUAAUAUUGUACGGUUUGACAAUCUUAUGAAUCAGAAGGAAGAUAAGUUGAGACAAAGAUACCGUGAUACAUAUGAUGCUGUUUUGUGGCUGAGAAAUAACCGGGACAAAUUUAAGCAAAGAGUAUGUGAGCCUAUAAUGCUCACGAUCAAUAUGAAGGAUAAUAAAAAUGCCAAGUAUAUUGAAAAUCAUAUUUCAUCAAAUGACUUGAGAGCUUUUGUAUUUGAGAGUCAAGAAGAUAUGGAGAUUUUCCUCAAAGAGAUUCGUGACAAUAAAAAAUUGAGAGUAAAUGCUGUCAUUGCUCCCAAGAGUUCAUACGCAGACAAAGCACCUUCAAGAUCUCUGAAUGAGCUAAAACCAUAUGGAUUUUUCUCUUACUUGCGAGAAUUAUUUGAUGCACCUGAUCCUGUCAUGAGCUUCCUUUGCUGCCAUUAUCAUAUUCAUGAAGUUCCUGUAGGAACUGAAAGGACCAGAGAAAGAAUUGAACGGGUAAUACAAGAAACCCGGUUAAAACAAAUGUAUACAGCAGAAGAAAAGUAUGUGGUGAAAACUUCCUUCUAUUCGAACAAAGUUAUUUCUAGUAACACAUCGCUAAAAGUAGCCCAGUUUCUCACAGUCACUGUGGAUCUAGAGCAAAGACGACACUUGGAAGAACAGCUGAAGGAAAUUAAUAGAAAAUUGCAAGCAGUGGAAGCAGGGUUGAUUGCCCUAUGUGAGCGAAACAAACAUCUAGAACACAAAGACAAUGAACUUAGACAAAAGAAGAAGGAGCUUCUUGAAAGGAAAACCAAGAAGAGACAACUGGAACAAAAAAUUAGUUCCAAACUAGGAAGUUUAAAACUGAUGGAACAGGAUACUUGCAACCUUGAAGAGGAAGAGCGAAAAGCAAGUACCAAAAUCAAAGAAAUAAAUGUUCAAAAAGCAAAACUUGUUACUGAAUUAACAAACUUUGUAAAGAUUUGUACUUCUUUGCAUAUACAAAAAGUUGAUUUAAUUCUUCAAAAUACUACAGUGAUCUCUGAGAAGAACAAAUUAGAAUCAGAUUACAUGGCUGCUUCAUCACAACUUCGUAUAACAGAGCAACAUUUCAUUGAGCUGGAUGAAAGUCGACAGAGAUUAUUGCAGAAAUGCAAGGAGCUGAUGAAGAGAGCUAGGCAAGUAUGUAACCUGGGUGCAGAGCAGACAGUUCCUCAAGAAUACCAGACACAAGUACCCACCAUUCCAAAUGGACACAACUCCUCACCCCCCAUGGCUUUCCAGGAUCUUCCAAACACAUUGGAUGAAAUUGAUGCUUUAUUAACUGAAGAAAGAUCAAGAGCUUCUUGCUUCACGGGACUGAAUCCUACAGUUGUUGAAGAAUACACAAAAAGAGAAGAAGAAAUAGAGCAAUUAACUGAGGAACUAAAGAUAAAGAAGGUUGAACUGGAUAAAUACAGGGAAAACAUUUCACAGGUAAAAGAAAGGUGGCUUAAUCCUUUAAAAGAACUUGUAGAAAAAAUUAAUGAAAAAUUCAGCAAUUUUUUCAGUUCCAUGCAAUGUGCUGGUGAAGUUGAUCUACAUACAGAAAAUGAGGAAGACUAUGAUAAAUACGGAAUUCGAAUUCGAGUCAAAUUUCGCAGCAGUACGCAGCUGCACGAAUUAACCCCACACCAUCAGAGUGGAGGUGAAAGAAGUGUUUCCACCAUGUUGUACUUGAUGGCGCUCCAGGAGCUUAAUCGAUGUCCAUUUAGAGUAGUUGAUGAAAUCAAUCAGGGAAUGGACCCGAUCAAUGAACGGAGAGUGUUUGAAAUGGUUGUAAAUACUGCUUGUAAAGAAAAUACAUCUCAGUACUUCUUUAUUACACCAAAGCUCCUGCAGAAUCUUCCUUAUUCUGAGAAGAUGACCGUAUUGUUUGUCUACAAUGGUCCUCAUAUGUUGGAACCUAACAGAUGGAAUUUAAAGGCUUUCCAAAGGCGGCGGCGCCGUAUCACAUUCACUCAACCUUCUCAAUAAAAGUAAAGAGCAGAAACGGAGCAUUUUUGGUUAACUCCUGUUUAUGAGUAUGGCUCACCUGAAUAAAAGAUUCGUUAAGACUAAGAGAUGGGUCAUUUUUGGAAACCUGUUAAAUACAAAUGGGUUGAUGGAUGGAGACCAUAGUCACUCUUUCUAUGGGGGCCUCAUCUGACAGUAGAAAUUAAGUCUUCAGUUUCUGUUGAGCUCAAGUCCUUGGCUCUCUGCCUAUGAGUCAUUGGGUUCCCAUGGUAAAAGGUAUUCACUGUUUCACAUCACAGGUACAGGGGAAGGGGUGACCCAGCACAGGAAGUGUGGGUGACCUGGUGAUCCCGAGCUUCAAUUCCAGAGUCACUUUAAUUACUUUCAGAGUCUAAAGAGGACUCUACAGCUAAAGUCCUCCCAGUAUAAUAUUUAAUUUAAAAAAAGAAUCAAUAUGGAAAUGUCUAGACUAAUGUAUAAUAAUAAUUUAUGACAAAUCUAUUUCUUCCUAUUAAGAAGGAUUACCUUAUCUCACCAGGAAAUGGAAUUUUAUGGGCCUUUAAAAAUUUUUUUUACAAAACGACAUUAUAAUUGUAUCAGUAUCUCAAGGGAAAUAUGUACUGGGCUUUAGAAAUGGUAGGGGAAAGUCUUUGAAAUGCCACAAGGUGGCCACUAGAUGAUGCAGUGUGCAACCAAAAGAUUGACAGGAAAAAAUCAAGUGAUAAGGGUUUUUAAAGAAUAACCUGGAAAAGUGUGUGUGGGUUUGGUGUUUUGUUUUGUUUAGUUUUUUUAAUUUAAAGUCAAUUGUAUUUUACAUCUUCAAUUUCUAAAAGCAUUUUUAUAAUUAUUUUUAGUAGGAUUUUUUCUUAAAAUUUCAUAUACUGGUUUCUACAAUUUAUAUUUGAAAAUUUUCAGUGUUAUUUCAAGAGUGAGGGAAAUAUUGAUUUGUUUUAAAACACAAUACUUCUAGAACCUGAACUUUUAGGUCCUUCCUUACAGUGUUGACCCUACCCAACUGUCUUAAAAAAUCUAGUUUAAACUGGUUUUUUUUUUUUUUUUUUUUUUUUUGGAGCAAGAAAGAAUUAGAUGAGAGAAUCAUUUGUUCCUCUGAGUUACACUAAUAGUGCCAAAACUAUUUUAAAAAAAAUAAAUCCAUUGGACUAAUCCAAGAACAUGUCUCUGAACAGUUGAAUUGGAUCUCUGCCAGUAAUGACAAAAUUAUUUUUUAGUUGGUAGCUUGAAUAAAUUGAAGAAUUGCAUUCAGUUUCGUAUAUUCAUCACUAGCCAUGGAAAUUUGUAUUAUUAGGUUAAAAAAAUAAUGAACCCUAGUCUAUAUCCUCUCACCUGGACAUUUUCUCUUUAAAAAGGUAUUUUUUUUCUUGAGAAAAUUUUAAGAGAGCCUUCUACUCUUAGCCUAAUGCAUGUAUUAUGAAAAUAUUUUAAAAUAACAUUUUUUUACUAGUGUAACAACUCACGUAAAAGUUGAAAAACUUGGUAACCUACUAGUAGGUGGAUCUUGUUACCAAAUAUUUGUUGUUUAAUACUUUGUUUUCCACCAAAAUAUCUUUACUAAUAUGUGCUUACUGUCAUUUGUUUUUUGUCUGAGUUAGUGCCAGUCAUCUUACUUCUGCAAAAUGAUUAUCAGUGUGAAAAAAGGAGCUUGAAGAUGAGUGCGUUUGGGGGGGUGGGGGGAUGAUCAAGUACAUUUCCGUUUACAUAUGGCAGUAAUUAUUCCUAUAACUUGUUUGUAAGCAUUUUAUAUUUCUCUACUGGACAAAGUUAAUACUUGGUUUUACAUUGGAUUUUGAGCUGUAAAGGAAAAAUUAUGUAUCAUUUUAACAUAAGAGAAUAAGAAGUGUAGCACAUUAUAUAUACUCAGCCACUUAAAACUUCAUAUAUUUUCUGCAAAAGUUGAUUUCUAAUUACAAACAAAAUGUAAAAACACCAAGUCUGAUUUGAUGAAUAAAAUAUUUAAAACCUGAAGGUGACAGGUAUCCUCAUCGAUUUGCCUAAGGAGAGUGUCUCUAUUCACAGAUUUGUAGUGUUCGAAGUUUUUUUUUGUUUUGUUUUGUUUUGUUUUUUUUGCUGCUUUCUGAUUUGCUUACUUUCUUUGGAAUACGGAUCUUUAGUAUGUGAAAAAUGUAAUUUUGUCCUGCUAUAGUGUGUGUCUGUGUGUGUGUGUAUAACUGGGGAAAAAAAUCUGUGGGAAAUGCUACUUUGUUGGUAAUAAAUGCAUAUUUUCAUAUUC